AAUUUCCAUCAUAUUUGGAAGAUGUGCAUUAUGGGAAAUUGUGUUUCAAGUGGGAGUGUCCACUUUCAGUUUUUAGCUAAUUUCAAGUUACUUCCACGACGUUACAUAUAGAAGCUGAUACCCGUUUGUCAUUGAAGUUUGUUUUGAUGAUUGUUAUUACUGGUGGUGGCUUUUGCAUCUGUGCACAAAACAUUAUGUUCUUGUAUACAGAAAGAGGCUUAUAGCUUCAGACAACUCCUCCGGUCUCCUGACACAGUGGAGGAGCUGCAUCACAUUCUGGAACCAGAGCAUCUAAAGGCUCCAAGCAGCUCACCUGGGAUGCAGGUCUCAGGCUGUUCUUGGAGAUGACACCAGACAGCUUGGAGAAGAGAAAGAUGCUUCCUCUGAAAUGCCAGCAGACAGCCUUUGAGAACGUCUACCCGAAAGCCUAAGAAGGGAUGAGGCUCCAGAAGAGCAGCUCUCCUGAAUACCUGAAUGACGAGACAUUUAUCCGCAAGGCCACGCUGCUGAAGAAUGUCGGUGGUGCUGUGCUGCAGCCCCGUCUGUGAGAAACAGUCCCUCUUCGCCCUCUUCUAGUCCAACAAGGAGAACAACAUAGAGGAGCCACUCAUCAAAGAGCUAAGGGCAAAUCAUUUGGCUACACGUAUUUACAGUCUCAUAAAUUAUGUAUUGUAUUAAUGUUUCUUAAACUGAAAGCACUUUAUAGUGUAGGUGGAUAACUCAGCCUUUCCACCGUCACUACAUACAGUAUCGCUGUCUGACUACUAUCAGUAUGCUAUGAUAUUGACAGACUGAAUGUUAACCUGGUUUGUCCCUCACCCCAUGUAGAUCCUGGGCAGUGAGUCCAGAGUUCUGGGCUACAGAAGUGUGGAGGGGUUUGUUAGCUCUCACCUGGAUUACCUGGUGGCAGAGGGGCUGGGCUAGCCUGGCUAUACCCUGGAGUCCUUCUCCUACACUCUGCUCAAUCACCCCACUCUCUUCUACAGCAAAUCUACUGCCUGAUUCACAGUAACCUGGCGGACAUUGUGGUGGAGCUGUUGAUGACCCUGUAUGAUGGGGCUGCUACUGAGGAGGGCAGAGGGGACCUGAGGAGGGAACUGGACCCAGCCCCAAUCCCACCCUCUUUCAGCUCCAAUGUUAUCAAAGCCACACUGGACUACUUCAGCAAAUGUCACAGUGCCAGUCACCAGUCGUCCCUGGUGGCCAUUUUAUCCAGGACACUGAUCUCCAUCCAGAGGAUCCUGCUGGCGGUGUGUCAGAAGGCAGCUGAGACGAUCAAUGCCUACGAGAGGAUCCCAGGGCAGUGAUUGGGGACAUUAGCCUGUGUAGUGUGCUGGUUUUCCUGACUCUCUGUGGUCACUAAAAGAUCCCAUGGAAUGUAAGAGUAGGGGUGUUAACCCUGGUGUCCUGGCUAAAUUCCCAAUCUGGUUCUCAUACCCUCCUAAUCAUCCCCUGCUUCCAAUUGGCUCAUUCAUCCCCACUCCUUUCCCAUUUAACUAUUCCCCAGGUCGUUGCUGUAAAUGAUGUGUUCUCAGUCAACUUAUCUGGUAAAAUAAGGGUUAAAUGAAAUAAAACACAACCACUUUCCAAAUUA